CAUGCUGAAGUUAGCCUUAUCACCUAUACCCGAGCACAAUCUCUGCCAGGAUAGGUAGAUACUACCACACACCUCGAGUUUCGAUGUGCAUGAUUGGACGCCUGCAAAGCCAAGGGUACUCGGAAGUCGUAUGAACUCUCAUGCUGAGAAAGACAGAUCUCAUCGUCUCGAUUGAGCCGCACAAUCCACCAAACUCCAGAAUAAACCACAUGACUGCCUGUUGAGGACCCUCUUUAUGUUACGGGAACUACUCCUUAUGUUCGAAGCUUCACCUCUCUUACCCAUAUCUUUAUUAGUACGCACACAAACUGGAAGGAAUAUUUCUCUAUUACACUCAGAGUUCCAUCCCUUACUGUCCUCAUUCAUCGCUAUGGCCAUCAUUCCAAUAGACGUUACCAUAGAGAAAGCAUGUCUUGUGUUUUUGUUUUGCUUUCUCGCUCACUGGGUAUGGAAAGUUUUAGCGUCUCCUUUGAACAGUAUCCCCGGGCCUUUCCUGGCUAAAUGGACCAAUCUUUGGCGUCUUUUUGAUGUAUGGGGCGGACGCUGCGAACUCACCCAGAAGCUGUUACACGAGAAAUAUGGCCCGGUAGUUCGUUUGGGUCCAAACAUGGUCAGCCUCGGUGAUCCAGCUCUCAUCGCAACUCUCUAUGGUAUUAACGGGGAUUGGCUUAAGACCGAUUUCUAUCACUCGAACAGCGUCUUCCAGGACGGGAAGAUCAUCUAUACUCUUUUUAGCGAGACAGAUAAUGUGCGGCAUGCCCAGAUGAAACGACCCAUCGCUCAGUUAUAUAGCCAGAAUGGCCUGCGUGACCUAGAGCCUCACAUUAAUAAUACCAUCUCUUACUUCAUCCAGAGGUUGGAUCAAGAAUUUAUAAUGGGAAGAAAUAAAGAUGGUAUCUGCGACCUGGCUACCUGGCUGUCUUACUAUGCCUGGGACGUCGUGGGUGAGGUUACAUUCAGUACCCCGUUCGGCUUUCUCGAGAAGGCCACUGACAUUGGCAACACCAUCAUGGUUUCCGAAAGAGCCCUCGAUUAUUUCGCCGUGGUGGGCCAGAUACCAUUUCUCGAUUUCAUUCUCGACAAGAACCCUAUAGUCCGUGCGAUGGACAGAGCAUUUCAGUUGGGCCGUCUUGGAUUUAACUUCAUUACCGAUAUGACGAUCAACUGUCUCCAAGAACGCCGCUCAGGAAGCAAAUGUCACAGUGCAUCCAAUCCUGACUUCCUCGACAAGUUUCUAGAGGAACAGAAGAAAAAUCCAGAUACAGUGGACGAUGGCAGAGUCGUCUCGUACCUUCUGAUAAACAUGAUCGCCGGUGCCGAUACGACCGCUAUUACCCUUCGUUCUGUCUUUUACUAUAUCCUGAAAAACCCGCAAGUGUACCGACAACUCCAAGAGGAGAUUGAUGCAUCAAAACUUUCAACUCCGGUCUCGUACAAAGAUGCCCGCGCUCUUCCUUACCUGGACGCUGUGAUACGCGAGGCGAUGCGCAUGCAUCCAGGCGUAGGGAUGCCUCUGGAGCGGUAUGUUCCGGAAAGCGGGCUGUCUGCCGAUGGUCAUUAUAUUCCUAAGGGCGUCAAAGUAGGCAUAAAUCCCUGGGUCACCAGUUCGAACCGAGAUGUCUUCGGCCCUGAUGCGGAGGUCUUCCGUCCCGACAGAUGGCUCCAGCAGGUGGACGAGACAGAUGCGAAUUACGAGACUCGCCGUAAACGGAUGAAUCGCAGUGACUUGACAUUUGGCGCCGGAAGUCGUGUGUGUAUUGGCAAGAAUCUGGCUCUGCUCGAGAUAUACAAGACAGUUGCGACUUUCGUCUUAGCUUUUCACAUGCAGCUGGCCGACCCACAGCAAGAGUGGAAGAUCCAGAACAGCUGGUUCGUGAGACAGGAAGGAAUCAAUGUACGGCUUUCACCAAGGAAGAAUUGACUUUGUUUUCCAGGCCACAUUAACUACCUAAGUAGGGAAGGUUCCGUGCCAAUAAUGCUUGUGCGAGGAGCAUACUGCGUCUGUUGGGUCCAUUUUUGAAUCCUGAAUCUGCUGCGCUGAGAUUUCGCCGCAAAGUAGAAAGAUAAUCCUUAGACUUAAGACAGGCCCCCGAGUCUCGUAGAUAAUUUGCUAGACACGUUCUAUAUUGAGUCCAGAAC